CUCUGUUUUGUGCGCAUGCGUGGUAAUGGUUGCCUCGGGGACGUGUGUUUGGCUGCAGUGUGUUUAAGUUUAUCUUCUCUGAAGCGGAUUAUUAAAGGAUUUAUUGAGAGUUUGGGGUUUAUUUACUCUUCCGGUUCAGUGUUUUUAAUCGCAGACCUGCGUGCGUGUGUGUGUGAAGUAUGCGUCUGACGGCUCUACUCUCGAUGGCAGCGAAGGCUGCAUUUCCUCGUGAUUAUCGUUAUGGGACGAACAGGCCGUGGACCACUGCAGCACGGAGACUGAACCCUCCGGGGAAGAGGAGGAGGAAGGUGUUUGUGGAGCCGAUCGCUCCUGAGGACUGGUGUGUGUUCAGAGGAGACGUGGUGGAGAUCCUCUCAGGUAAAGAUAAAGGGAAACAGGGGAAAGUCAGUCAGGUGUUCCGCCACCGUAACUGGGUCAUCGUCGAGGGCCUCAACACGCACUACAGGUACAUCGGCAGGUCCGGGGACUACAGAGGGACGUACAGCGCGAGUGAAGCUCCUCUCCUGCUGAAGGACGUCUCGCUCGUCGACCCCACAGACAGGAAGCCCACAGAGACAGAGUGGAGGUUCACAGAGGAGGGAGAGAAGGUCCGGAUCUCCAUCAGGACGGGACGCAUCAUCCCCAAACCCGUUUUUCAGAGGAGGGAUGGCAUCAUACCACAGCAGUGGAAAGAUGGACCGAAGGACACAUCUCCUGAGGAUGCUCUGGAGAAAACAUACAUUCUGUCACUGAAAACUCUGGAGGAGGAAGUAAUGGAGAAAAUGAACAUCCAGGAACCCAGAAGACCCCGAAGAAGCUUCUGGUACUGAGACGCACAAGCAAGAGGACGGCGGAAUGUUCUUUACACUGUCAUGGCGAUGUUGAUCUGCAAUAAACAUGUCUUUAUCCAA